AUGACCAAAGCUACCGAGCCUUCUAAGAAGAAGGAGGCAGCCUAUCACCAGGUUCAUUUUUCGGACGACGAAGAUGAGGCCCGUGCUUCUGGCUCUGGUUCUCUGAGCAACGGCAAGCAGAAGCAGAAGCAGAAGGAGAAGGCGAAGGAGCGUGAAGGAGACGCUCCUUCCUCGUCCGGAAGCGAGAAGCCCGACGAAAAGCAUAAAAGCGGCUGUGACCGCGUCGGCAACCGAAACAACAACACCAACAAAACUUACCGUCCUGCUCCCAUCAUCGGCGCCAACCCUACGCACGGGGCCAGAUACGGAACACACUUCUCGACCAACCCUGGCCGCUCAGUUGGCCCUGCUGGUUAUAUCAACUUCUCUGCCAACCUCAAGAGCCCCGGCAGCAACCAGCUUCCGACCAUCGAUCAGAUUCCGCUCAACACCAACCCCAGCCACAUCAUCCCCGACCCAGCCAUGGCCGAUUACCAGUUCGGCGGCCCUCGCCCUGCUGGCCCCAGCUACCAGCCCCCCGUUCCUGACACGACCUAUGGACCGAUGACUCAUGUCUACCGCCCUCGAUUUGACAACGGGGCCUACUUUGUCCAUGGUCAGAAUGUCUGUAACGAUCCUUCUUUCUUCGUUCCCCGCACUGUUUUCCCGCCUGCUGGAUAUCUGGUCGACCGUCCCAUCCUUCCCAACAACAGCCCCGUCUACUAUCAUUACUAUGCAAGUCGUCCCAUUAACGUUACCUAUAUUGGAACCCAGAUGGGCCUUCAUCCUCCCAUGGUCGUCCCCUUCCAGCCUGGCAUGCCCCACAACCCCGGCAUGGUCCCCCAGCACAUGGUCAUGAAUGCUCCCAUGGUUCAGCCCGGCAUGGCUGGCUACCCCGUCAUGGGUAACGGCAUGGUGAUGGGUCCUCCUCACGCAGCUAUGGGCUUUGGCGGCGUUGUUGGUGGCGGUGGCGGCCCCCCUGGUGCCCCUCCUCCUAGCAUGCUGGUCGCAGGUAACAACCCUCUCCAUCUUCCUCCCGACGUUUCUGGCGUCGGUCGUACAUCUGGCGAGGUGGCUCUGGAGAACGCCCAAUUCGCUUACGCCAACGGCCUCUAUGAGCCCCAGGACUUUAAACCUGCCGAUGACGACCCCUCGCGCUACUACCCGGUUCGUGAGGUGGAUGGUAACUGGACCCAGCGCAACCGGUAUACUAUUGACAACCUCGGCGAUUGCCGCUGGUACGUCUCUGAGGGCGGCUAUUUCUAUGCCGUCCGUCUUCCAAACUAG